UGCGACCAGGGCACCAUGAACGACGUGGUGCACGCGCUCCAACACGAGGUGGACUGCAUCCAGCUCAGGGAGUACUACUCCUCCAAGGAGUUCGCUGGUAUGCCGUGGUUUCCGCGCAAGAUUUCCGACUUGGACAAGACUUCCAACAAGGUGCUCAUGUACGGAGCGGAAUUAGACGCCGACCAUCCGGGCUUCAAGGACCCGGAAUACAGGCAGAGACGGAUGUUUUUUGCUGACGUUGCAAUGCAAUACAAAUAUGGUUCGCCGAUACCACGGGUGGAGUAUACCCUCGAAGAACGUACCACGUGGGGACGCGUGUUCCGGGAGCUCAGUCAACUCUACACGACCCACGCCUGUUCAGAGUUUCUGGAGAACUUUCGCCUACUCAUAAAAUACUGCGGUUACAGAGAGGACAACAUACCACAACUGGAUGAUGUCAGUCAGUUUCUGAAAUAUAGAACAGGGUUUCAGCUGAGACCAGUGGCAGGUUACCUGUCGGCCCGUGACUUUCUGGCGGGCCUCGCAUUUCGCGUGUUCCACUGCACGCAGUACAUACGCCACAGCUCAGAUCCAUUCUACACGCCAGAGCCAGAUUGCUGCCACGAGCUUCUGGGUCACUGCCCGAUGCUGGCCGAUGCGAACUUCGCACAAUUCUCACAGGAAAUGGGACUUGCCUCCCUCGGUGCUUCAGACGAUGAGAUCGACAAGCUCGCUACGUGUUACUUUUUUACGGUGGAGUUCGGAUUGUGCAAGCAAAACGGAGAAAUGAAGGUGUACGGGGCUGGUCUGCUUUCUUCAGCGGCAGAGUUACGCCACGCCCUUACGGACAAAGCAAACGUGCUGUCGUUUGACCCGGCUAUAACAAUUGAGACUGAGCCGAUCAUCACGGCUUUCCAGAACGUCUAUUUCUACACGGACAGUUUCAACGAAGCGAAGCUGCAAAUGAGGGAGUUCGCCAAGACCAUCAAGCGCCCCUUCGGCUUGCGCUACAACCCGUACACCCAGACCGUUGACGUCCUCACCAAUACCCGCAAGAUUGCCAACAUAGUCAGCGAACUGAAGGGAGACCUCUGCAUCGUCACCAAUGCCCUGAGCAAAUUAAGGGUGUCUGACACGGAAAAUCCCAACCGCUAAGCAUUCUAACAUACCCGAUCACUUGGCUAAGAGUUGACAAAUAGAGAGCUUUAGCUGGCCGUAUACGUAUAAAGGGGGCUUUCGUAUUAAAUCGUUACCGUGACGAGUCAGCUCAAUACAGAAGACAUGAACUGGAGCAGAAGCACUGGUUGUGGCAUCUUGCGCCUCUGCUUUCAACCAGUGUGCGUUAGAACAUGGCCUUCAAGAUUGGCCGGCUCUAGCGGAUACCGCGCACACUGCAGAUUUCGAAGGCCAUACUAAAA